AUGAUCAAAAAUGAAGCGCAAAAUUCACAGGGUGACCAACAUUCGAACAUCAAGGAUGAAAUUGGCUUCCGAAGAAUAAUCCGUAACUUCACGCCUUCUUGGUUCAUUAUUACCAUGAGCACUGGAGCUCUAUCCAUCAUGCUGCAUCAAAUACCAUAUCAUGCCCACUGGCUGGAUAUUGUUUCAGAAAUGGUCUUCGUCCUUAACAUCCUGUUGUUCUUGCUCUUCACGUUCAUUUCAACCCUAAGGUACACAAUGUAUUCUCGGUUGUUCCCAGCUGUUCUCCGCCAUCCUCAUCAAAGCUUGUUUCUUGCAACAUUCCCAGUUGGCCUUGCGACACUUAUUAACAUGAUCGUGCUUGCUUGCGUUCGUCCUUGGGGUCAAGGUAUGGCGAUCUUCGCUUGGGUGUUGUGGUGGAUCGACAGUGUCCUUGCGGUGGCCACUUCUCACAACAAACACAGAUUAUCCAAUCGUCGGCAUGACCUCGAAGAAAUGACCGCUUUAUAUCUUAUACCUAUCGUUGCUAUUGUCAUUGCCGCGACAUCUGGAGCGCUUGUAGCAGGAGUAUUAACAAAUGCCAAACAUCAACUGUGGACGCUUGUGAUUAGUUAUAUCUUCUGGGGCAUCGGAACACCUCUAUCCUGGAUUAUUAUUAUUAUUAUUAUUAUUAUUUUACCACUUCAACGCGAGGUGAUUGUCUCAUUGUUACUUCCAAUUGGACCACUUGGACUGUCGGGGUUCUCCUUGAUAGCGCUUGGAAAAGUAGCUAGACACAGCUUUCCACUCAGCGGCACGAUCCCACACGUGGCCAAUACCGGAGAUAUUUUCUACCUCUUCGGCUUAAUAGUCGGCAUAUUACUCUGGGGUUUUGCAGUCGUUUGGUUUAUUACCGCUGCCAUUAUGAUUGCAACAGCAUAUCCGUUCCCCUUCAACAUGGGAUGGUGGGGCUUUAUAUUUCCAAUAUUAGGAGUUUUCACACUUUUGACUAUUUCGAUUGGAGAAGAGUUCGAAUUUAAAUUUUUCAAAGUUCUAUCUUGCGUUUUGACCGGAAUUUGUGUAGUCAUGUGGUUUAUCGUGGCAGCGAGAACGGUGAAGCGGGCUGCUAGUGGUAAGAUGUUCUUUGCACCAUGCUUAGGAACAGACUUGUUUCUGAAAAGAGUGGAAUAA